AUGAGGAGGCCAGACAAGUCGGAGCCGCCCGCAGAGGGUUUGCGCGACGACCAGCUGACCGAGGUGAUCAGGCAGAUCAGGCAACUGCAGGCCCGUGUGCCGAUGGUAGGCGGUGGGCCGCAGCAGGCUUAUCGUAUUGAUGGACCGCUCGACUUUGUCUUUGACGACAAGAAACCCAUGCACCAGGUCCUCCGAGUCAGAAGAACGAUCUCGCCCCCUCGACCCUCCGUGAACUUUGCACAAAAUCUGCCAUCAGCCGUGGACCAGGAACACGCACGCGCACCAGGUCGGUUUACCGUCCACGGACUUGCAGCCAUGUCGUAUGGGCUGGCUGGCACACGUAUCUUCGAGAAGCCCAUCACCAUCGCUCUGGAGCCACACCACCCGCUUCUAACCCACUUCUCCACCCCUCCCCUUGCCUUGUAUCUCCCGCACAUCCUGCUACGGAGUACUCGUACAUACGACGUACAGCACGGUGGACCCGGCCUCACGUUCGUCGUAUGCCUCAUGCGAUAG